AUGGAGAUCCCUGGGCACGACGCGCUGAUGUAUUACGCCACACCACCAAACAGCUACAUCGGCACCACCAUCUUCCUCUCCUACAUCGUCGCGGCACUUUACGCAACCAUCAAGCUCAGCUACUCGCUCUACUCUCAGUACUCGGCCAUAUUCAACAGUUCCAGCCCGUCAAAAGAUGAGAAGCUCAAUGCAGCAAAGGCAGCGCGAGCGCGCCACAUCAAGAUCUACGCGUUCCUCGCUUCGAUUAGCUUCGCGACGUUGUCCUACCACAUGCUCAUGUUCCUGAUCAUGCACUACCUGGAAUGGAGCGGAAAUGAGAGCAGGAGCUUCAGUAAUGUCAGCGUGGGGAAGGUGAAGAGAUGGAUAUGCGCCGAACGCGGUGUGGACGCAGGCAGCGAUUCUGGCGACGUGGUUUUGGAAUAUCUAUAUGGCGCAAAAGGCGAGAACGCGCAGAUACGACACGUCGAUGGCAAAGCCCUACACAGUUUUGUAGACUACAUCAAGAUUUAA